GGUCCAAUUAUGUUAUUUUAGUAUCUCACUGUUUCUAGAUCUGUGGUAGAUGUAAGUUUUGAUGUUGGCCAAUAUAAACAAAUGACCUAAUUAUUUGCACGUGGGGAAUCCAUUGAACCACUUACAAUUCCUACACAAACGCGUUAAUUAGAGCAGUCUUAUGUAACAAAAGAACAAAAUAUAUAGUUCACAAUAAGGCUGACAAUAUUCAAGUUAGUAGCCUACCUAUCGCUUUUUGACAUAAACGAGCCCACUGAAUUAGGAGCACCCGCCUCAACAAAACGAAACUUCUUACCUGCUUGCCAAACACACCGUCGUCAUUGGUUGAACAGAACAAGCCUUGCCCCUCGUCUCCACCCCUUCGCCCUGACGUCAGGGGAGCGCUAGUAUUGUCGAGUCCAGUUUUCCUCAAGCGCUAGGAGUCAGAUUGUGAAGACAGACCAGAACAAGGAGCGCUCUUGGCCGACCUUUGAACAACAGUAACAUUUGCAGCACAGCAAUGGGAAACCAUAUUGUAGCAGACCGUCACAAGAGAAAGAUGCCUUUGGGUGACGAUGGCCAUGCCUGGAAAAAGAAAACCUCAGACGUUAAGGAGAACUACGACUUCAAAGAGAUUCUGGGAACGGGGGCGUUCUCUGAGGUGGUCCUAGCAGAGGAGAAGAGGACCCAGAGGCUGGUGGCCAUAAAGUGCAUCCCCAAGAAAGCCCUGGAGGGCAAGGAGAACAGCAUCGAGAAUGAGAUCGCUGUUUUACACAAGAUCAAACAUACCAACAUCGUCUCUCUAGAGGAUAUCUUUGAGAGUAAAUCACACCUCUACCUUGUCAUGCAACUGGUGUCUGGAGGAGAGCUGUUUGACCGGAUCGUGGAGAAGGGAUUCUACACAGAGAGGGAUGCCAGUAAACUCAUCCAGCAGAUUCUGGAUGCUGUCAAGUACCUCCAUGACAUGGGCAUUGUGCACCGCGACCUCAAGCCCGAGAACCUGCUGUACUACAGCAUGGAGGAGGACUCCAAGAUCAUGAUCAGUGACUUUGGUCUGUCUAAGAUCGAGGGUUCUGGCAGUGUCAUGUCCACAGCCUGUGGGACCCCUGGCUAUGUGGCGCCUGAAGUGUUGGCUCAGAAGCCUUACAGCAAGGCUGUAGACUGCUGGUCCAUCGGAGUCAUCGCCUACAUACUGUUAUGUGGCUACCCUCCAUUCUACGAUGAAAACGAUGCCAAGCUUUUUGAGCAGAUCCUAAAGGCUGAGUAUGACUUUGACUCUCCAUACUGGGACGACAUCUCUGAUUCAGCUAGAGACUUUAUCAAGAACCUGAUGGAAAAAGACCCACUAUCACGGUACACUUGUGACCAGGCUCUGCAGCACCCGUGGAUUGCCGGUGACACCGCCCUCGACAAAAACAUCCAUGAGUCUGUCAGUGCACAGAUCAAGAAGAACUUUGCCAAGAGCAAGUGGAGGCAAGCCUUCAACGCCACGGCUGUGGUACGUCACAUGAGGCGUCUCCAGCUUGGCACCAGCCAGGAGGGGCCCAGCCAGACCACCCUGCCCAGCCCAUGCAGGGCCCAGCUGCUUCUGCCAGAGGAGCACCCGGAACACGCCGAGACUCAGGGGGAGGAGGGAUGCUCCCAGAGUGCAGAAAGUGGAGUGGAGCGGGACCCCCUCGCCAACUGCACCUACCGCUGCCACCCCACCAGCUUGGUCUGAACCCAGACCAGCUUUCUCAGCAUCUGGCCAAACUACCCACCCAUGACUUUGACAUUUAAACCUCCGGACACCGGAGAACCAGCUCCCCAGUCUGGCCGGGAGCUCCGAGCUGUUCCAGACCCCCUGCCACCAGGGGGAGGUACCGUGUAAAGAAUCCUGUUUGGGAAGGGAGGUUGGAGAACGGAAGACUUGGUGAUGAUGAUGAUGCCAACAGUGCAGAGCACUUUAAUGAGGAGUGAGUGUGGAUAAUGGGAUUAAAGAGGAUGAAAAGAGGAGAAAGAAAGAUGAGAGGGGGGAGGAGCUAUACCUGUCUGAGUCGUGGGUGACAGGUUUUUUUGAAAGUGGGAAAGAACUUGGAUAGUUUUCAUUCAUUCUUUUUAAUUGAACAUGCAUCUUUUUAUUUUUAUUCACAAACAUGCUGUUUUCUAUUUUAUUUUUUCAUCGGUCUUUGCGAUAAAAUGUAACACGUCAUAUAUAGAAAGCAGACAUGUAGGCCUAUGUUGCUCUCGUACUGUACUUGUGUGUAAGUGUACAUAUUGGCAGAUGCUAACAGUUUCAACCCAAUUUGUGUAUAAACUCAAAACUUAUCUUAACACUGCCAAAGUACAUGGUCAAUACUGAAUAUACAUGAAUUGACCUUUUUAGGUAAUGGUAAGUAUUACCUUUACCUGAACAUGAAUUAUGCGGCUUGGUUUCCUAAUCUUUUAACAAACCAGUGCUUUCUUGAUCCUCCCACAAAUCCUCCCAUUUGAUGCAUUUAACUAAAUCCGCACAGAGAUUUCUUCUCUAUGGUGCCUUUAAAAUAUAGAAUCAAAGAUUUAUUUUCUGGUUGCUAAUAUAAUAUAUGUUUAUAUCUCUAUACACUUAAUGCGACAUUGAAGACCAUUUAUUUUUGUCAUCACAUUUUUGUAUAUAUAGUGUUGUUGCAACUACAUAUUAGAUAAAUAGAGGGCAUAUUUUGGUUUCCAUAUUCUCCUCCAGUGAAUUACUGUUCUCCUUUCAGGGAGAAAAACACACAUACACAUUUUAGGUUGACGUAUAAUAACGACUAACUGAGGUAAUGAAAGGAUGAUAGUGUUGAUAAAGUUGAACUGUACAAUGACAGACCUAGACUCUGCAAGACAUUAGAACAAAACAAUUUUAAAUGUACUAAUUCAUUAACUUCUAGCAGGAUAUAUGUAAACUUGUAAAUAUUAAUAAUACCUGCCUGUUGACUCUUCCUGGGAGUAUUCUUUCAUCCAUUUCAUGUUGUUUCUCCAUUCAAAGUGUAUAGAGAGAAAAAUAAUUAAAAUAAUGUAUGUACAUGC